AUGACGAGUUCGCCCAAACGAAAACGAGGACAUGUCCUCCCGCUAGAAACAAAAGGGCCUCUCCUUCAAUGGAUAUCCGACGUCGAUCUAGAACAACAUCAAGAUGCCAGUCCUCGCACCAAAGUCGCAAGAAAGUUUGACGACCUCGAGAUUGACGGGGUUCCAAGCCACCGGCGACAUGAUAUAGAAUGCCAGCAGACAAGAGAAGUAUUCAACCAAGCAGAUAUGACUCCUCUAUCAGCUGGACUCGAAGCUGUUUGCCAGUCACCCAAGUCCAAGGAACGUCAUGACAGGUUGUCUGAGAGCGGCUCCAUUAUCUCUCAGGAAUCUGGGAAGACAUCAGCCAGUGCGGGGAGCAAACCCACUCGCUCAAAAUCCCCUCCUCUGGAUGGUGAGAUAUCGGACAGAUUCUGGCAUGGUUCUGAAAUCACUGGGCACAUUCCUGAUGACCCGAACGACGAUGGUUACGGGAUCAAUGGCAUUGGAUUUCGACCGACGGCAGCAAUCGCUUGGUCCCGGUCACAACGGCGGAAACAACAAUUGACCGAAUACAAGAGCCGAGAAGCUCGAGAAGCGAGGCAGCAGAGAAGUGAGAGGAGAAAGCGUUUGAUCAGCGAGAGCGAUGGGGUGCCCUCCGCAGAAUCCUUGCCACGCAAAAGCGUCCGAGUUCAUUUCGAAGAUGGAUGA